ACACCAUGCACCUUUCAAAAAUAUCACUUGAGCAAAUUUAUUCCUUGCUAAUUACUCAAAUAUCAAAUAUAUAUUUUAUUUGCAAAAAAGAAAAGAAAAAAAAAAUGGGUUUACCUGGUAAAUUAAUUGCUGCAAUUGAGUUCAAGGCUGGGGGGGAUGUGUUUCAUGAAUUAAUUAGGCACAAGCCCGAUCAACUUUCGACGAUUCACCCCGGAAAAGUACAAGGGUGCGAUCUGCACGAGGGCGAAUUUGGUCACGUUGGUACAGUUCUCUCCUUUAAGUACACCCAUGGUGGGAAAGAUAGGAGCUCGAAACAAGUGAUCACGGCGAUAGACGAGGAGCAAAAAUUGAUUCAAUUCAAAAGCAUCGAGGGGGAUUGUUUGUUGGAGGAAUACAAAGAUUUUCUUAUAACAAUCCACGUCGAGACGAAAAACGAUAUCGAUUUGGUGACGUGGACUUUGGAGUACGAGUUGCUGAACGAAGACGUCGAGCAUCCCCUCUCUCUCCUCUCCUUCUUCAUCGACAUGACCAAAGUCAUCGAGACUCAUCACAUCGGAAAAUAAUCAAUUACAAAAUUAAAUUAAAAAUUACCCCCCACAUUUUCUUUGAAAAGCUUAAUAAAUAAUGCUGUGUGCGAGUGUGCUUAAUCAUGUGUCAUUAAGCAAUAAGUGGGAAGAAUUAAUCUUUGUUUAGUGUUUGUUUAAAUGUCCAGUUACUGGGUGAAGUUUGAAGUAUACUGGAUUUGAUGCUUUUACUUUGUAUUAAUAUUGUCCAAUAUAAUAUUAAUGAUAUAUAUGUAAUUGCAUUCCCUUUAAUAAAUAAAAUUUCUUCGGCA